AAACUAAAAGCCAGCUCUGCAACGGACACAACGCCAUAUUGAAAGUUCUCUGCCGUUGUUUCGAAGUGUGAACCAUACCUCGAGCGAAUGGCUGGUGGUUUACCUCGCCGAAUUUGUAAAGAAACUCAGCGUUUGCAACAAGAGCCAGUGCCAGGUAUUCAUGCCUGCCCUGACGAUAGAAAUGCCAGAUAUUUCCACAUAGAAAUUGCUGGGCCGUCUGAGUCCCCAUAUGAAGGUGGUAUUUUCAACAUGGAACUUUUCCUACCAGAAGAGUAUCCAAUGGCAGCGCCUAAAGUACGCUUUCUCACAAAGAUAUAUCACCCUAAUAUCGACAAAUUAGGAAGAAUUUGUUUAGAUAUUCUUAAAGAUAAAUGGAGUCCAGCUCUUCAGAUCCGAACUGUCCUUUUAUCCAUCCAAGCUCUUCUUAGUGCGCCUAAUCCUGACGAUCCCUUGGAUACAAAUGUAGCAGACAAGUGGAAACAGAAUGAGAAGGAGGCAGUUGCAACAGCAAGAGAAUGGACCAAGCUAUUCGCUGUAAAAGAGCAAAGGCCCAACAGUAACCAAAAAUGAUGGACUUGGGGAGGUUAAGACAGCCAUCACCAUGCGUAACACUCAGCACAUUGGACUUAUGAAUUCCUGUACAGAUGCGCCAUCAGAUAAUGAGUACGAAUUUAUGACAGCCCAUCAUGUAUUCAUAAGGGAACAUGUUUCGUAUUUCAAAGGUGACUUGUGAGGAUUUUUCCAUUGACAUCGACCUGUUGCUAGGAGUAUUUCUCUAGGUAAUUUACGCACUGAGUCACAGAGUAAAGUUGACCAUCCUGUGUCUUUCUGUCAAAUAAGUAGGGAUAAUUUCAUCAGGAGAGCAUCACUGUAGUAUAUUACAGCUCACAUAUAUCAAGGAAACUAAUUGAAGCCAGAUUUUAUUGUCUUGUCGGAAACUGCUAGCCUUUCUCAAAACGUUUUCUUUCUCUUUUCUUUUAUCUUGCAAGAUGCACGGCAAAUAACCUUAGCUUUUGCCGAAGCUAUUUAUUUUGGUUUGUGUAUAUGUCUCUCAAUGUUGUUUACAAAUCUAUGACAUCAAAAUAAAUAUCAUUUCACAGAA